AUGAAACUAGGUUUAAUUUCCGGCUAUUCCGGUCGCAAGAUGAGCAUACCGAUUGAUGCCAUUAAACAUGCCGAAGAUUUGGGGUACGAAUCUAUCUGGACCGCUGAAGCCUAUGGUUCCGACGCCGUUACACCCGCUGCCUGGAUCCUUGCGCAAACCACCAAGAUGAAAGUUGGCACCGCCAUCAUGCAGAUGCCUGCGCGUACACCCGCCAUGGCAGCAAUGACCGCCUUGAGUCUGGCAGAAUUGUCCGGUGGACGUUUUAUUGUCGGUCUUGGUGCCUCUGGUCCGCAGGUAGUUGAAGGCUGGCAUGGUGUGCCUUACGGCAAGCCGGUCACCCGUUUAAAAGAAUACGUGCAGAUCAUGAAGCAGAUUUUUGAACGCAAGGGACCAGCUACGUUUGACGGCAAGAUGUAUCAAUUACCCUAUACCGGAGAGGGUGCCACAGGUCUUGGCAAACCGCUGAAAAGCAUUCUGCAUUGUGAGGAAGACAUUCCGAUUUAUGCAGCCACCAUUACACCUGCGGGUGUUGCUGCCGCAGCUGAAGUUUGCGACGGAUUUUUCCCCGUAUGGAUGGAUCCUGAGCAAUACUCGGUUUUCCAGCCGGCAAUUGAAAAAGGCUUUGCCGCCGCUGGUGAUAAAGACCUCACGCAGUUUGAGAUAGCGCCGUUUGUCUCAGUGGUUAUGGGUGAUGACGUUGAACAGUGCAUGGUGCCUAUUCGUGGCAGCAUGGCGCUGUACAUUGGUGGCAUGGGUGCAAGGGACAAAAACUUCUACAACGAUUACGCUAAGCGUUUAGGGUUUGAAGACGCGGCGGUGAAGAUUCAGGAUCUUUAUCUGGCAGGCAAAAAAGAUGAAGCCAUGGCCGCUGUGCCAGCGGAACUCAUUGAUGCCUGUCAUCUGGUGGGACCUGCUGAGCGUAUUAAAGAGCGUUUGGCCCGUUGGAAAGCCGCUGACAGUAAAGGCCAUGUGUCGAACAUGUUGUUGGGUUGCCAGCAGCCUGAGGCGUUGGAAGUGAUCGCAGGCGAGAUGUUAUAG